AUGGGGGACCCCGAGCUCGGGAGAGAGCCAGCUCCUUUUGCGCACGAGUGUGACUUUAUGCCUCAGUCGGCUUUUGUAUUUGGGUGGCGUGCGGACGUUGGCCAGGUUGACGACACCCAGCGCUGGUGCACGCACUCCCUUCAUCAUGCUAAUCUUCAGGAAGAUGCAAGCACCUUCUUGGAAUCUCACGGCUACAGGCUCACUGUCGAAGCGGAGCCCCUGGUCGAUCCAAGCGUGUGCCCGAUGCUCAAUUUGAGGAGCCUGUCAGUUGUGAGCCGCGAACUCAUCGAGGCCGCCUAUAAGGACGACUUCAGGCUGCUGAAUUUCCAGAAGAUCACCGGGCCGGAGUUCAUCCACAUACCCCGCACGGGUGGCACCACCAUCGAGGAUGUUUCUCAGAAGUACGAGCUCUGGGGGAGAAGAAGUCCGCGAUUGCUCGGGGGCGCGAAGUGGAUGGGCCCCAAGCACAUGGACGUCUGCUAUCCCCAGCAUGUCCCACCGUCGAUCUUAGACGCCUUGUUCGCUGGUAAGGAGACCUUCUGUAUCGUGAGAGACGUGUACAAGCGAUUGAUAUCUGAAUUUGGUUAUUGGGCCAUGGCCCGCUUCCCGGGCUGGCCACCGCAAUUUGAUUGCAACGUCUCGGAGCUGAAUCGCUUCAUCUCUGAGCGGCUUGCCGGCAAGGAUGGUUAUCUGCACAAUCCCCACCGGUCAGAUUGCCACCUGGUUCCCCAGGCUGGAUUUGUUUACGCAUGGGACAGAAAGAACGCGAAAGUGCUCGCGGCCGGCGGGCUUUGGCGAACGAUGGUGCACCAAGGUGGUGAGAUACGAGCGGUUUCACGAGGAGAUUAA